ACGAAGCGCUUCCCGAGAUCGUGGGUCGGCGGAAGAUGGCGGUCGCCGCAAGGGGUUGGUGCUUGGGCGAGUUAUUGAGGUUUUUUUAUUCAUUAUUCUUCCCUGGGCUAGUUGUAUGUGGAGUUUUAUGUGUGUGUCUACUCAGUGUCCUUUGGGGAAUCAGACUGCUGCUACAGAGAAAGAAAAAGUCGGGCUCAGCUAGCAAAACUGGGAAAAAUCAAACGGUGAUUGCAUUUUUCCAUCCCUACUGCAACGCUGGCGGAGGAGGAGAAAGAGUGUUAUGGUGUGCCUUAAGGGCUCUUCAGAAAAAGUAUCCUGAAGCAGUUUAUGUUGUUUAUACUGGUGAUGCUGAUGUCAGUGGUCAACAGAUACUGGAAGGUGCUUUCAGAAGAUUUAACAUCAGAUUAACGUGCCCAGUGAAGUUUGUUUUAUUAAGGAAGCGCUACCUUGUGGAAGAUUCACUCUAUCCUCAUUUCACACUGCUGGGCCAAAGUCUGGGAUCCAUUUUUCUUGGCUGGGAAGCUCUGAUGCAGUGUGUUCCCGAUGUUUACAUCGAUUCUAUGGGCUAUGCUUUCACGCUUCCUCUGUUUAGGUAUUUAGGCCGUUGCCGAGUUGGAAGCUAUGUUCAUUAUCCCACCAUCAGCACGGACAUGCUCUCUGUAGUGAAGAAUCAAAAUGUCAGAUUUAACAAUGCAGCCUUCAUCACCAGGAAUCCUUUUCUCAGCAAAGUAAAGCUUAUCUACUACUAUCUAUUUGCUUUUCUAUAUGGGCUUGCUGGUUCUUGCAGUGAUGUCGUCAUGGUCAAUUCUUCUUGGACGCUAAACCAUAUUCUCUCACUGUGGAAGGUUGGGAAUUGCACUAAUAUUGUUUAUCCACCUUGUGAUGUGCAGACAUUUCUGGACAUUCCCUUACACAAGGAGAAGACAACCUCAGGACAUUUACUGGUUUCGAUCGGCCAGUUCAGGCCUGAAAAGAAUCAUCCUUUGCAGAUCAGAGCCUUUGCUAAAUUGCUGAAUAAAAAGGAGGCUGAGUCACUUCCUCCACUUAAACUUGUCCUCAUUGGAGGCUGUCGUAACCAAGACGAUGAACUUAGGGUAAACCAACUGAGAAGGCUUUCUGAGGACCUAGGAGUUCAAGAAGACGUGGAAUUUAAAAUAAACAUUCCAUUUGAUGAAUUAAAGAAUUACUUGUCUGAAGCAACAGUUGGUCUGCAUACCAUGUGGAACGAGCAUUUUGGGAUUGGAAUUGUUGAGUGUAUGGCAGCCGGCACGAUUGUCCUUGCACACAAUUCAGGGGGCCCGAAGCUCGACAUUGUCGUCCCUCACCAAGGCGAGAGAACUGGGUUUCUGGCUGAAAGUGAAGAAGACUAUGCUGAGACUAUGGCCCAUAUUCUUUCCGUGUCUGCGGAAAAGAGACUCCAAAUCAGGAACAAUGCUCGUGCAUCUGUAAGCAGAUUCUCCGAUCAGGAGUUUGAAGUGACAUUCCUAACGUCUGUGGAAAAGUUAUUUCAGUAAUUCCGUAUCUGUACAGACUAGAGAUAUUUUAUAUAAGAUGGUUAGAUACCUUCAUAUGUUAAUAUUUUUCUAAACUCAUUCCCUAUUGUAAUAAAGUUAGUCUAAGCAAGGCCCUCAGCAGUAUGUAUAUAACCAAGGUAUUUAUUUCAGUGGAAACAGGCAAAAUUACCUAAGUGGAAAAGGUAACCUUAUAUAGUUUAAAUAUAAAAAUCUUAGACUAGCGUUUGGUCUCAAAUUCUGAAAAAUAUGGGUCUGAAAGAAAAAAAUGAACAAUCUUAAUUUUGGUAUAAUCCAUAUUUUUAAAAUACUAUUUAUCAAAUCACUUUACUUUAGAAACCAGGAAAGAGAAUUUCCUUUUAGAAAAAAGGAAAUAUUGGGAAAGAAAUGGGUGAUUGAUAAUUGAUUAGUACUUUAGAAUUAUUUUGACAUUUUUGGAACACAGAAAAAUUCUGGUACGUUUAAAUUCAAGCAAUAUUGUGGAUUAAAUUUUUGAAUCUAUCUAAUGAUCCUCUUAAAAGAACAAAAACUUUAAGCAGACUUAAUCAUGUUCUAAAAGCAUGUAGUCAAAAGACAGGCUCACUGUGAUUGCUCUAUGUGUGUGCGUGGGCAUGUAGAGAUCAGGGUACUGCCAGUAAUCCUUUCCAUUAACUAGGUAUUUGUGAAAAUAGUUUUAUGUUUAGUGCUAUCAGUACAUUUUUUGGACCUCUCAUUAUCCCUUAACAUUUUCAUGUCCCAGAGGCUAUAAGUCAGCUUUUUGAAGUCAUUCAAGAGGUCUGAGUCAGAACAUCGUGGUAAGUUGUUUUUCUGAUAUUGAAGAUAUAAUAUUUGGAUCCAUCCACAUGGUCUCUGUAAUCAGCAUCAUGCACUGUAAGAUAGUGAGGUGGCAUUUUGAAAAGAGCACUGGACUAGCAGUAGAAUAGCUGGACCUGACCUCAGCUUCAUCAUUUACAAACAUCUGACCUUUUGACACUAAAGCUGCUUCCUAAUCUUCUGAGUGUCAGCUUCUUUCUCUGUAACCUGGAGAUGGUAAUGGCUGUCCUCACUGCCUUUCAUAGUUGUAAAGAAAACAGGGAACACAGAAAGUAUGUGAAAGUACUUUGAAAAUUAUAAAAGUUACUUUAAAGGUAACAAUAUAUAGUAAAUGUCUUCUAGAAUCCUAUCUUUAUCAAUGCAUUACGAUCCUUUGUAGAUUCUUGUUACUAAGCCAGUAACUAGGAAUCAGUAUAAUUUAACAGGACUCCUAUCCUGAAUAACUAGCAUGGAAAAGUGAAUAUAUACAUGUGCAAAUAUGGCUGUUGAGCCUAUAACUUUUGACAUUUUCUGUGUACAUAAUCAGUUCCUUCUAGUUCAGUAAAUUGACCUCCUUCACAGUCUGAUACACCUUUGUGUUACGGGCAUGUGAAAGAGGUACAUUUUUCCUUUCCAGUCUCCUCUUGUCCAUUCAUCAAUCCACCCAGCUUCGUUAUCUGCUUCCAAUUACAUUAUUGAUUCGUCUGCAGGCCAUCUUCUGUCAUCAGAUCAAAAAGCACCAAAACAGAGUCCCAGGAUGUUCUGACACACCAGAGUAGCUUUGUGUUGGAGAGUAUUCAAUUUAGAAAAGAAAAACUGGUGGAAAUUGGAGCUGGAAGGAGCCCUACAAAUUCUCUAGUCCAAUUUUCUCUUAUUUUCAACUUUACAGACAGGAACAAUUUAAAGAACUUUGAUUCUGUCAGUAUCACAAAGUUGUUUAAUGACAAAAUCAGGAUUACCACCCGGGGUUCUGACCCCCCAGCCCGGUGCUUUUUCUUAUAGCUAGUCUUUGAAGUAAGAUUCAUUACCAUUGUCCACUCACCCUACCCAUCUACCCAAAGAAAAUCAUGGGACUGAAGAUAAAGAAAUUGAAAUGGACAGAGCAAAAGUAGAGGAUAUAGGAAAGGAAGAAAGGAUUCUGAAAUUCCACAAAACAUUUUUUAAGCUAAUUUCUUCGAAAUGAUUUUCAUUUAUCACAAACCUAUCAGUAGAAAAUUUGCAUAUGUUUCCUUUCAGUGUUCCUAAUGUGGUGUUAAAUGUUUGUUUGUUUCUGAAUACUUGAUACCAUGAAGAAUGUCAAAGCAAUAUGUCAGCUACUGUCUGCCUGGAGAAAUUGAGUGACUAUUAAUUCCUGUAAGACACUGCUUUUGAGUGGUCCAAACAUGCUGUUUUGAACCUACAGCAGUGGUGAUUCACAUUCUUAUUUCCAGUUGUGCAUAACAAACUACAUGUUACAUGUUCUUUGUAUAGUAAUUAUUUGUAUCUAAAUAUGAUUUAGAUUUAAUAGGUACAAAGUCUGUAUCUAAAUAAGAUUUAAAGAAGUGGUUUUAUUAUCUUAGAUACCUUUCCCAGUACAGUGCCUUUACACCCCUCAUGUAGUCUCCCAAUUCUGAAUUAUUUAUUAUCUACUGCUAAUAUUCCCAAGCUCCACAUGCCAAGAAUUUUUUUUAAAGAAAGAAAAAAAGUUUUUAAAGGCAAAACAAAACUGUUUUGCCUCUUGUACCCAAGAAUAGGUUGUCAGGUUUAAUAGAU